UGUAUUGUUACAUGAUCAACCUUGAUCAACCAUUUGACACGAUUUGCGAUUAAGAUUUGCAACACCGAAAUAAUUGAACAUCGUUACAAACGAAUGUUACAUGUCUAGUAUAUUUGCAGUAAUUUAUUUGCUCAGUUAUUUAAAUAUCUAUAUUUGAUAGAAUAACAUAAUAACAUGGAAGCGAGUUAGAAAUUCGAGCUUAUCAUCAGAACAUUAUUAUCAAGACGAAGAAGUAGACGACAAUUAUUUGUGACUUUGACACAAGCAGCAAUUAUUAUAUUUGUAACAUCCUUACACUGAAAUUCGUUCAAUUCCAGCAAAAGUUUGAGAAUUUAUAUCAUGAUGGGAUUAUACCGUAAAAACAAAACAAUUUUAUUAACAUUGAUUCUUAUUAUCGUAGUUGGACUUGCUAUUGUACCUGCGAUAACAGAAAUAGUUUUUAAAACAGUUCAUACCAUAUCAAAUAGUCAUGAUAUAUCUGGCGAACACAGAAAAAAUGCAACGAUACAUAUUGGAGGAAACAUUGGAAAACAAGACUUAAAAAAGACGAAAACCAUUUCCAUGUUUUUGAAAAAACCGUGCCCUGCUAAUAUCAUAUCAGAUACAGAUAUCCGAUAUUCCCAGGCAAAACAAGAUGUAACUGUUUAUAAGCUCCUUAAAAUACAAAAUGGAUAUUUUAUAGAAAUUGGUGGAUUCGAUGGAAAAACAUGGUCAAAUACAUUGUGGCUAGAAAGACGACACAACUGGACAGGAUUGCUUAUUGAAGCAGACCCAGAUAACUGUGAUGCAAUUGACAAAUUAGGACGUAACAUAUGGCGUUUAUGUUCGUGCUUAUCAUCAUUAGAAAGUAAGUUCUUUCUUAAAAAAGGUGCCGAAGGAUCAAGUUAUACAUUCAUUCCAAAGGAGAGGGUCAACACAGUUGAUAUGUCUCAGGUAAUAUUUGUACCAUGUUUCCAUAUAAGCGAAAUUUUAAAAUCGAUUAAACAAUUUCGGAUAAAUUAUUUUUCAUUAGACGUGGAGGGUGCAGAGAUGGAAGUCUUGGAAAAUAUGAAAAAAGAUAUUCAACUAAAGACCUUAAUUGUUGAUGUAUGGACCAUAGAAUACAGAGUUUGGGAUGGAAAAAAAAUAAUUUUAGAAAAAUCGAUGUACAAUUUGGCAAAGUUACGUUAUUUUUUCCAAGAAGUUGGUGGAUAUAUUGAACAUUCACAACUUUCUAACACAAAUGAUGUCGCUGACGGAUUGGCGUUGGAUGUUGUGUUCAUCAACUUGAAUACAUGGUGCCGAGCCCAUGAAACAAAACCUGAUGGGAGCAAAUGUGAUCGUUAAAGCAACUGAUAGGAGUUUUAAUUAAUAAAAUUAGUUCACAAUUUCUUUUCUUACUGGAAAAUAACAUUCAUUAUUUUGACAGGCGAUGACAUUUUUCUUAAUGAUUAUAUAUCAGGCAUAUGAACACUCUGUUAAUUAACUCAAACGGAGAAUGCUUACCCAUAACCGCUUUAUUCACGUGUAUGAUGUAUGAGUGUUUGGGAUCAGCUAUGAUCAAUAUGUUUCGUGUUUUAUUUUGCAAUAAAGGUAUGUACUGCAGAGCAUGUCUUGAUCGCAAAAUAAGCAAAUAAAUUUCAGAGAAACAUUGCAACAGGGCAAAGAAAAAGGGGUAUAUACAAAGAAACCCGAAUCAACUGGCAAAAAGAGAGAGCACAUUACUAUGGAACGCCACAGCUGUCUUAUGUGGAAUUCUGAUAUUACUUUAUGUUGUUUUAUUAUUACUUGAUGAUAUUUAGUCUUUACUUAAUAUGGUUUUGACAUUACGUAAUGAUGUUUUGAUAUAACUCAAUAUGGAAGAGUCAUUACUUAAUGAUAUUUCGAUAUUAAACGAUAUGGUUUCGUAUUGAUUUGA